AUGAAAUUCGUCCAAGUGUUAGUUACACUGAUUUAUUUGAAUGUCGCCUUAUCUAUGGAGUUUUUAAUGAAUGCAGGAAAUAAUACACAAACGCCAAAUUUAGAUUGUGAAAUGAAUGUAGUCAGGCGAAUACAACAAAUCAUUAUUCAAUAUUCCGCACAAAAUGCAUCACUAAUUCAAUCUAUAUUACAAAUGAAUAGUUUAGAACAGAAUAUGCAUAACUUUUUAGCCACAGUUAUUCGUACUAUUGAUGAACAAUUGAGCGCACAGAAUUCACCAUAAUAAUAUAUGAAGUCUAAUAGACAGUGAAUUUGUCUUAUCUUCGAGAAAUGAU